AAACCACAUACUCAACAUAAAUGAAAUCGUAAGACACAUUUAGUCACAUUAACUUCACAGCUUGAAUUAUUUCAACAAUAUAUAUUGCAUGCAUGUUGUUGGGAUAUAUUAUCCCGGCCUAUUACUGUUCAGGAGCCCAAGAUAUUAUCCAGUACGGAGCCCGAGCAGAUAGGCCCACUUUGGCCAUUAGGCCCGGCAUCGGCCCGUUUGGCCCAUUAGGGUGGAGAGCCCCUUCUCCCCUUCCCCUAUUUAUAGGAGGUUUUCCCUCCAUGUAAAGGAUCCCUUCCUUCUUCUUUCCUCUUCUAGAAUAGCUUACAAGACUCCUUUAAUGGGAGCUCAAAAUGUACUAUGUAAUGGUGAGGAGAGUCCUAAUGAGAAAGAGAGGGCUUGGACAUUAGCCUAAAAAGUCCCGUGGUUUUCUCCCUUUCGGGUUUCCACGUAAAAACUGAGCUUGUUCAUACACAUUCAUACAUAUAUUUACUAUAUCGCGUUGGAUUAAACUCAACACUGGCGCCGUCUGUGGGAAUCUGUCCAAAAAGAUUCAUGUGUUCUACUGCUCUUGAGUUUCUACAUAGAGAUUCACUCGAAGUAGACUGAUUCCAGCGAAAAAGAAGAAAAUAUUCUAGGGAAAAUGAUUCUGGGAAGCGAAGAAGCUACGGAUUCUGGGAAUUCGAAUCUAGUUUGUCUUUUUACAGAUCUGGAUUGCGGCCGCCGGAGCCGCCGCAACUGCCGUCGUUCCCACCGCCGUGGACCUUCCAUUGCGUCCAGCUGCGUCAGGGGAAGCUCGCCGCAGCAUCCCAGACAUUUCCAGCGGCCACCGCCUGAGUCGCACACCGCCGCUCGUCAACAGCGGUCUGAAGCCGACGCAACAUGGGGGUUCUAUCAGUUAAGAGCCUCAUGACUUCCACCAUUAAUGGUGGUUUUGAGCUCGGAAGAGGUAUAGUCGGUAGUUUGGUCGAGCUUCCGCUGGGGACCGGCUCUUCCGGCCACCCUUACUCUGCAGCAGGUUCCAUCGCCGCCCUCGGUCGGCGACUCAGCGGCCGACCUGUACUGCUGGCCUUGGUGGGGGUUAUCCUCUGCUACUCCGAAGAUGCUCCUCGCCUGGCUGUUAGCAGGCCACGUACGAAGGGCCAGAAUCUCAAAAGGGAGAUAGCAGUGAAAGACGAGCGGAGCACUUUUGCAUUAUUUGAGUGAAGGAGGAGUCAGCCGAACUGCUCAAGGGAUUAAGGGUCCAAUUGGUAGAUGAGCUCAUUAUUUCAGCCCGUAUGAGAACAUAAAGCUUGGUCAAUGGGAGGAUUUGGGAUAAUGUUGACCAAGUCCAAAUUGACAACAAGCAAGGGAGCAAAUCUGACUCCACAAAACUCCACUGGCCGAAUAUCUAUUUUGAAGCUAAGCACCCCGUUCUUGCAUUUCUUUUAAUACUCCGUAAAUGUGUUAAAAAUAAGAAAUGUUACUAGUAUUUUUAUCAUCACUAUUUAUUAGGGAUUAAAAUCUCCCGAAAUGGAAUAGUGCGAGCGAUGCUCGGGUGAUAAUUUUCACCGUCAUUUUAAUUAAUGAUGGGUUGUUGUGGGCCCGUUGGCCCGCUCCUGAUCGGCUUUAAUUAGCGAGCGGAGCAUACCGCAAUGGCCUUUGAUAGGAUAAUAUCAUUGCUAUUACCUGUUAUAUCGCUAUUAUUUAUUAGGAAUAAAAUGUCCCGAAUUAAAUAAUGCUGAGCGAGGCUCAAGUGAUGGUUAGUUCAGCUAACAUUUUAUUAAAUAUUUAAUUUCUUGAGGGCCCGAUGGCCCACUCUCAAUCAGCUUGAUUAAGCGAUCCGAGCGUCUCCAGAAGGGCGAUGCCCCGACGACGCAUUUUAAUUGGGGGGUUACGCAUUGGUCCGCAUGGCACCAAGUGCCCGAGCGACGAUCGUACCCUAGUACCAUCUGCGCCACUAGGCGAAGUGACUGUGCCAAACGCGGCCUGUGGGGCCCGAGGGCACCGAAGUGCUCAACCUCAUUUUUUCGAGGGUAGUGCGACCAACUUGGGUCUGAGUUUGAAAACUCACGGACCGGUGAAUAUUUCUAUGUGACGUUCGGCGGGCUGCUAAUUGGCUCCGCCGCGAGCUGCUACGUCCAUUAACCCCGCACGAUGAGCCGGGCCGAGGGUCACGAUGACCCAUAGGCCGGUAAUCGUGGGUGUUAGAGGGGAGCCACGAUGACCCAUGCAGAUGGUUAUGCGUGCAUAUUUAUUGUCGGGCCGUGCGGCCCGUUACCAUGCUUAUUGCGCAGCCGAAGCCGCUCGACGCGCUUGAGCAAAAUGAUUAGAAGACGCUCGGCCCGAGUCUUGAAGGCGUGCAGGGCCGGCUAAAGAGGAGACCAUCUGUAACGCCCUAAAAUCAGGUCUAGCCGGUAAUGUAUAAUUUUAAAAUAAUAUUCAUUCUCGUAUGUUAAUCUUAACGGUUAAAUAACAUUUAAUAAAGAAUUACAAUAACAGCUAGGCAUCUAACUAUUCGAAACCAAAUGUAUAAAAAAAAUGAAUUCUAAUCAUUUCUUUUAACUUCUUUUUGGGACGAAUUUUGGAAACAUGUUCGGAGCGAGACUUAUUUCAAAUUGAAAACAACCUACAUUAAAUAAGUGAUUUACGUAUGUAUAAAAGAAACCACUGUAAUAGGAUUAAAUAAAGGGAGUUUAAAAAGUAAUCAACAAAAUUUUAAAAAGAAAAAGGGAAAUGGUGUAAGAUCCACCCAUUCCACAUCCAAUUACACGAAUUGGGUAAAUUAAAAUCUCUGAAUGCUUCUGGGAUAGGAAGAAGCCAAAUUAACAUGCAUCAUAUUAUAAACUUAAUGCCACGUGAAGCAUUUUGUAGUAAUGGGAACAAAGUAAGUAAUGAUGAGGAUAGGAUAACUUUAGCUGGCCGAAGAUAACUCUGUGUCGUUACAAACAAGAAUAAUUUGGGUUUAUAAAUACAUUUUGUUGAUUGGGCAAUUUGGAGGUGGCAAUACCACCAAGUCUGACUGAAUUGAAAAUGUAUGGCAAGCAGUGGAGUUUGGCUUUACCUUAGCCUCGUAAUAUGGUCAGGCGUUGGAUCGAUAGUGGAGACUGUGAUGUCUCUUUAUAUAUAUAACCAUAUGACCAAGUUGGGGAAUUACUUUUCGUAACAAAAACUAAAGAAAAACAAGAGAAGGAGAGAAACUAGCAACUGAGUUGAACAAUCGGUGAUGUGAGGAGGAGUUACGAUCCAGCCUAGUCAUAUUCGGAUUCAACAGAUUCUUCUCAAUAAGGUUGAGCACGGAACCCGCUAGGAGCACAGGGAUGGAAAGAGGCGUAGGACGCAUUUGCAUGCCAUGUUAUUUGGUGUUUUUUUUAUAAAGGACUUUAAUAUGUCAUAUGUGAUUUUAAGAACUUCCGUUGCACUCCUUGAAGUGUUUUAUGAUGUUUAAGUUAUGUCUGUUUUAAUAACAUUCUACUCCAUGUGAGUUUGACAUUUUCUGGUAUUUAGUAAUGAAGUCGUUUUGGA